GCACACAUUUGGCGCGAAAUUCUCAUGUGGGCGGAUGAAGAGGAAAAACACACGAGCCGCCGGGUAUUAAAUGUCUCGAGAGCAGCGGUUUGUCAUGAUUCACGCUGAGACAGCAACUCAAUGACUGAAAGAUGAAUAUUGUAUUUUUAUAAUUUACUGUUAUUGAGAGAGAAAGGAUAUAUUCGUGAGACACUGGUUGCGUUGGAUUAAACGCACUGUGACGAUUCAACCGGCACUUUGCGGAAUAUUUGGAUUUUUUUACUUAGUUUGCAACUUUUCUAUGGAAGUCAUAACGGCCGCCGUAACGCCGCCGGUGUUACCCGGGUCCGGCAGGAACUACGACUAUGACUACGACACGGUCCAGCCCUUCUUCUUCGUGGGUGGCGAGGAGGAGGACUUCUACCUGCCCCCCGGCAGCCAGGUCCUCCCGGGCCCCGGCGAGGACAUCUGGAAGAAGUUCGAGCUUCUGCCGACCCCCCCUCUGUCCCCCAGCCGGAGACCCUCCCUCUCGGACGCCCCGCUGUCCGCCGCCGAGCACCUGGAGGCGGUCUCGGACCUGCUGGGCGAGCGCUGCCACCCCCCCGCCGCCCUGCUCCAGUCCUUCAUCAUCCAGGACUGCAUGUGGAGCAGCAGCUUCGCCGCCGCCACCAAGCUGGAGCAGGCGGUGUCGGAGAGGCUGGCGUCUCUCCGCGCCCGACAGAACCCCCCCAGGACCGGGACCAGGACCGGGACCAGGACCGGGACAGACAGCGCUAACGGCGCCGCGGACGGAGCGCCGGAUCAGCAGGUGAGCAUUGACGAAGAAGAGGAGAAACGGAGCGACGAGGAAGACGAGAUCGACGUGGUGACGGUUGCCAGGCGACGGUGGGACGCCUCUCAGCUCACCGUCCACCAGCACAACUACGCCGCCCGGCGACCCUCGCCGUCUCCCGGGAAACGGAGCCUGCCGGACACCGGGUCCAGGCGCCGGAGCCACAACGUGCUGGAGCGCCGGCGCCGCAGCGAGCUGCAGAGGAGCUUCGCGGCGCUGCGGCGCCGGGUCCCGGCCGUCGCCCAUAACGACCGGGCCGCCAAGGUGGCGAUCCUGAGGGCGGCGACGGCGUUCGUGCUGGAGGUCGGAGAAAGCGAGAGGAGGCUGCUGGCGACGAAGGACGCGCUGAGGAAGAGGAGCAGGGAGCUCCAGCAGCGGCUGAAGCAGCUCCAGAAGCUACGCUAACGCAGCUCAGGAGGCUACAAUAACGGAGGCUAAAGCAGCUCCGGAAGCUACGCUAACGGACGCUAACGGACGCUAAAGCAGCUCAGGAAGCUACGCUAACGGACGCUAACGGACGCUAAAGCAGCUCAGGAAGCUACGCUAACGGAGGCUAAAGCAGCUCCGGAGGCUACGCUAACGCAGCUCAGGAGGCUACGCUAACGGACGCUAACGGACGCUAAAGCAGCUCAGGAGGCUACGCUAACGGAGGAUAACGCCGGCUGAAGCGGCUCCGGAGGCUACGCUAACGGAGGCUAACGCCGGCUGAAGCAGCUCCAGAGGCUACGCUAACGGAGGCUAACGCCGGCUGAAGCAGCUCCAGAGGCUACGCUAACGGAGGCUAACGCCGGCUGAAGCAGCUCAGGAAGCUACGCUAACGGACCCUAAAGCGGCUCCGGAGGCUACGCUAACGGAGG